CUGAUAAACAGAACAUAAGGUCACAGGCUCAAGUUAUGGCAGACUGAGUAACAGAGAUACCAAGAAUUUUGGUGCCCGAUGUUUGGAUUUUGAUAUCCUGCAAACGAUAUCCCUCAAUUUCUCUACCUGUAUUCCACAAAAAACCCUAAUUCUUAUAACCAUCGACUUUUACCAGGUCACCAUGGAUCAGUGAUAUAUCAGUUAAACUAUCUAUUGAUACCUUCAUCCUCAUACACAUAACUUUGAUGGGUGGCUUACUGAGUGUAAGCAGUUGUAAACAAACGGAAACCUUUCAUGUUUCAAAAUCCGAAUCCAGCAAGAGGCAAAAAACAUCAUCAACCAUUUGGGAUGACAACCCUAGAUUAAUCCCCAAUCUCCCCGAUGAAAUCUCACUUGAAAUCCUCGCAAGACUUCCAAGAAUCUGCUACUUAAAUGUAAAAGCAGUCUCACGAAGCUGGAAACUUGCAAUAACAAGUCCCGAAAUUUACAAAGUCAGAAAAGAACUAAAAACAACCGAAGAAUGGCUCUACAUAUUAACAAAAACUCAAGGCGAUAGACUUUUAUGGCAUGCAUUCGACCCAAUUUCCAAAAAAUGGCAAAAACUACCCCCGAUUCCUGAUCUUCCAUUCGAAGAUGAAAACAAAUCAUCUGGUUUUCGAGUGUGGAACAUGGUAGGAUCAAGCAUAAGAAUUGCAGAUGCAGUUAGAGGAUGGCUUGGAAGAACCAACGGCCCAGAUCAAAUCCCGUUUUGUGGGUGUGCAAUCGGAGCCGUUGAUGGAUCUCUUUACAUGUUAGGAGGUUUUUCAAGAUCAAGUGCAAUGAAUUCGGUUUUCAAAUAUGACCCGAUUUUAAAUUCUUGGAGUGAAUCAAGCUCAAUGUUAGUUGGAAGAGCUUAUUGUAAAACCGGUGUUUUGAACAACAAACUUUUUGUAGUUGGUGGUGUUAGCAGAGGAGGUGGCGGUUUAACCCCGCUCCAAUCAGCGGAAGUUUUCGACCCGAAAACCGGGUUAUGGUCGGAAAUUCCAAAUAUGCCCUUUUCAAAAGCACAAGUGUUACCAACCGCUUUUUUAGCUGAUUUACUUAAACCAAUUGCAACCGGAUUAACAACUUAUCGUGGGAAAUUAUACGUUCCUCAAAGCUUAUAUUGUUGGCCUUUUUUCGUUGAUGUUGGUGGUGAAGUUUAUGAUCCGGAAUUGAAUUCCUGGGUUGAUAUGCCGGUUGGAAUGGGAGAAGGGUGGCCCGCAAAACAAGCCGGGACUAAAUUGAGUGUGAUUGUUGAUAAUGAUCUUUAUGCUUUGGAUCCUUCGAGUUCUUUAGAAAGUGCUAGAAUUAAAGUUUAUGAUCAUGUUGAAGAUUCUUGGAAAGUGGUUGAAGGUGAUGUUCCGAUUCGGGAUUUUGCGGAAUCGGAAUCACCGUAUUUGCUCGCGGGGUUGUUGGGGAAGCUUCAUGUUGUUACGAAAGAUGGGAAUCAGAAUAUUGCGGUGAUGCAGGCUGGGAAACGGAAUGGUGAUUCCGGAGAUGGGAUUGAAUCGGAAUUGAAUGUUUGGAAUGUGAUUGCUUCGAGGAGUUUCGAGUCUACUGAGCUUGUGAGCUGUCAGAGUCUUGAUAUAUAGUUAUGGAUUUGGGGCCCACUGUAUCAGUGUGUUUGCUGGUAAGUUUGUAUGUUUUGAAAUUGUUUAUAUGGUUGUGUUCUUUUACAUGAGGAUUUUCAAGAUGUAAAUAAUGACUCUUUGUGUUUUGUAAACUUCUUUAAUUCGAUAACAAACUUUACCAUAUUAAUCCACAAAAAUGUGUUUUACGUUGCC